UUAGCUACGAUAUAGAAUGUAAUACUGGAUAAAAUGGUAGAACCUCAAAGUGGCCGAAGAUUUUUGCGGCCUCCAAGCACUGUUUCAGUAUCAAGAAAGAGUCAAAGUUUCAAUGCCGCUGAUCGGAAUAAAAUUAACAAAGAAAUAAGAAACGAUGAACAGAGUAACGCUGUCAAUGGUCACCCCACACUUUCUGGGCCUACGAAUGCUGCUUUGAUGUCUGGGCAAACGGAAUGGAGGAGCAAGUCUAUGAAUGCAAAACACAGUUUUACUUACCAGUCUGCUCCUGCACAGCCUUCGAAAUUAGCAAAGAAAGGGGAAGUUGGUGCUGUAAAGUCUGGUUCAAAAAGUAUCAGAAAUUCUCCCACUCAUCUGAUAAAAGUUGAAAAUGGGAAUAAAGUGUCUGAACCUACAGGAAAACAGAAGCUUGUGAAAAUGCGAUCAACAGGCAGUAGCAAAUCUGGAAAAGCAUCUUCAGUAGCUAGUAAUUCUUCUAAUGCAUCUUCAAAGGUGAAUACUAAAGCUUCUUCGGACUUAGGCAGGUCAUCACGGCCACCACCAGCUGAUUCUAAGACUCGUGAAUCAAGGCUUAAAACACCAGUACAUAAGACUCCUACAAAAGGAAAAAGUGGUUUGAUGCCUCCUAGAGCCACCGUUUCAAGAUCAGCUUCCAAUUCAUCAAGAAGUUCCACAGCUACAACUGCAAGUCCUGAUAGAAAAGCAAAUUUUAAGCCAAAAACUAGUUCGGCUACUAAAACUACAACACAUGCAACUUCAAAAAGUUCAUCUUCUUCAGUUCUAGGGCGGCUGAGAAAGAUGGGAGGACCAAGUGGGACUACUAUCCCUAAUGACAGCACAAAUGGUGUUACUUUAAAGCAGGCGGUUGCUGUCAAAUCUCCAACAGAAAAUUCAAAGUCAUUUUCACGACCGCCAUCAUCUGCUGGAAGUACGCUAGAAAGAGGACAGAAAAAAGGUUUAGUUCCUCCUUCAAAACUUUCUGUUUCAACAUACAAAAGUAAAAACGCUUCAAGUUCGAAUUCCAAAAAUUUGUCAGCUGCCACUUCUAAUGGCUCCAAACAAGGGUCUGGUAUAAAAUCAACAUUUCAAAAGGCUUUUGGUCAAAAAGAUGAGAAAAAUAUUCGUUCAACCGUAAAAUUGCGGAAUCCGGGUAAGUUAUCACCAGAGUUGAAAAAUAAAACCCUGGUUUCGUAUAAAAACGAAGUUUCCAGUGGAGAUAGUGAUGUCAUAAUUAUUACAAAUAUGGAAGAUUCUGCACUGAAGCGCUACUCUGGUGAAGAAAGCGUUUAUCGUCGCGACAAAAUUGAUGUGAAAAAUCUGAAGAACUUACUUGUGCGUCCAUACGAUAACGCUCGAACCAGAAAAGAUGACAAUCAUGUUCCUGGACCGAUUGUUUUCAGUGAGAACGAGAUUGAUUUCUCAGAUUCUGAGGAUUUUUCAAAAGUUUCGAUGGACGUUGACCUUCCUGAUGGUUUAGAUGUCCUUGAAGAUAACCUUGAGUUAGAGGUCAAAUUGGAACCUGAUUCGCCUCCAAAAUCGAACGUGAAAUCAAAUCAUGAAAGCGGGAUUCGUAAUAUACAACUUCCAACCAGUGCGGAGGAGCGAAAUCCAUUGAAAACGGCUACAGUUGCGCCAUUUCGAAGACAAAUUCCAACAUCAUCUAGUGGUAGCGAUUCGAAGAAUUCAGCGAGCAAUGAAACCCCAAAAACUUUACCACAAAGUGUAAUAACAGAGAAUAUACCCCAAGUUCAAGAUUUAAAGAGUGCAAAUCCAGAAAUAAAUGUGAAUAAUAUAUCUGUAAAUAACACGCCAGUUUCAAUCGAAGAACGCAGGAAAACAGCGAAGGGAAUCGCAGACUUGAGACAAAAUCUAGAAGAGACAAUGUGCUCGUUAAGAAGUUCGCAACUGCGUAACCGUUUUUCUGAUGAAUUCGAGCGUCGAAUUUCUGCUCAACUGGACAAUGAAAUUGAAGAUAUAGGGUUGCCAGAAGUACCACCACCGCUAACAAAUGGAGGCUACCGGUCUGCAAGCACUCUAUCUGGAAUUCACACAAUUUCACAUAGUUCUCGGAGUCCGAAACUACACGCUGGGGAGUGUUUUGGAUCUGGUAGUUACACCAGCCCUCGUCCAAACACUGCAAAAUUCUCAUCUUUACAAAGAACUUCGUCAAAUCGAAGCGCUCGUUCUGCGUGGAGCGAACUUCCCGAUAAACAUCCUAAAUUUAAUGAACAUGACGAUAUCAGCUCUGUUAGUAGUGAAGAUAUAAGCGAGCUGAUAACAGGGAUAAGUACCGAUGAUAUCAGUUUAUCAUCGACGAAUAAUUCUCCGUUUCAUGUCUCAAAGCCAUCUUCAACUCCGCUUAAAAAGUCGUCACUGGCUCGAAAACCUUCCACAAACUCAGUAGAAUCGUGCGAGAAGUCUUCAAAUUCAACUACGGAAAGCAACAGGUCUUUGUCAUCUUGGAAGAAAAGCAAAUCAGGCUCAAAAUCGGAUGGGGAGGGGAAAAGUAAAAAGAAAUUGGAAAAAAAGAAUUCUAAGAAUGGAAAAGAAAAAGGUUCAUCAGCAGUUGGGAGUCGUCUCGCUACCAUGGACCGAAGUGAGAGUCCUACAUCCUCAUCAAGCCCACAACCUUACAAACCCAGGGAUUUAAAAUCAUAUCGUAGCCUUCCACGCACAAAGAAAAGCCGUUUUGGGGAUUUAGAUAAUGGAACACCUCUACAAAAUACUCAGGAAGGUUUUGUAAGGUCCCCAGCAUUAAAAAUAUUGCUUCGUUCAAAAGCUAAUAAAGCAAAAGUGCAGUCAAACUUAAGUGCAAUACCGGAUGGAACCUCCACGCAGAUCUCUAGUAAUUUAUCAACUGCUGAUCCUUACACCACGAACCCCUUAACGAAUGGUGCUUUGGAAAAACCUGACCCAAGUUUCAAUAAAACUGACUUUUAUAAUAGUUUGGAACGUAAAAAUUCACGCAAUUAUGGAUUAUCGUUAUCAGCAACACAGAGCUUGCCUAGAAGAUUUGCCAGAAAAGCUGGCAACACUACAUGGUCACAACCAAGAUCAAAUGCUAACUCUGCGUACAGCCUACCGGUAACUCCGGAUAGUUUGUAUGACCAAUACGGUUCCUAUAUAGAUAAUAGUGUAUCGUGUAGUGAAAGUGCAAGUUCUUUUUCAAACCUAACGGUCCCGGAAUUUGACAGUUUCAAUGAAGCUAUGGAUAGGUCAUACGACCGCAGCCACAAGGUGGCAGACUGGCCUCUUUCUGGGCUACAGUCCUCCUCAGUUGCUGCAUCCAGUCCGAAUGUUUCUCGUGCGGCUUAUAGUGACAGAAAUUAUCGUACCAUCUCAUCAACUCAUGAUUUGAUGAAACGACGUGGAAGUACUUUGUCACUGGGUGGUGCAUCAAACCAAGUUAUUAACGACGAAACGUCUAUCGCAAUGGCAAGGUCGUUUCUAUUUUCUUUAGCUCAAAAUAAAGCAGUUCAACAGGCUCACAUGGUCCAUGAGUUUGAAAAAUCGCUCUCGCAUUUAACGAACCGUUUGCAGGAGCUUUCUACGACAGCGGAAGAGAAAGACACGGAAUUGAACGAACUAAGAAAUACAAUUGAAAUGCUGAAAAAUCGCUCUGCAUUGAAAUCUGGCGACUGGGAAAGCACUAGAGGAACGUUAAAGAAAAAGCCGUCGUGCGCAUCAUUAUCUAGCAUGAGUUCUCAAACAAGCGUAUCAAGCGCUGGAAGUAAUGAAGACGUUAAAUCUAAAAAGAAAAAGGGAUGGUUGAAAAGUUCAUUCAAAAAUGCUUUCGGACGUACAAAAUCAAAAGCGAAUCUCGCAAAUGGAGACGCAGCAACAUCUCGGUCAUCUUCUCCGCAAAAAAGUAUAUCAGGACAGGAAGUGAUGUCAUUACUAAGCUUUGACGAUGAAAACUGUGACCCAGAAAUUGUUCGUAAAUUAAAAGAAGAACUACGACAAAAAGAACGCAAAUUAACGGAUAUAAGACUAGAAGCGUUGACGUCUCGUCACCAGUUACAACAUCUUCAAGACACAAUGUCGCAAAUGAAAAACGAGAUGGAAUCCUUACGAAAAGAAAACGAGCAAUUACACCAACUCGGGCUUUCUGCAUACUCUCUUACUUCAUCUUCGACAUUUUUACACUCAAAAUUGAAUUCUACGAGCGAAAAUAUUGUUAAAUCAGCGUCAGACGAAAUCAGAGUAAAAAUAGUAGUCCAGGUUUCCAAUUUCUCACCAUUGAACUCUAAAAAUGCACAAUGCAUAUCGAUUAACGUUUGUCCGAUUUCGAGAGCGAUCAACUGGAACCAGCUUGAUCAAAAAUUGAUCAAAAUAUUUAUGGCGUAUUGUCAAACAGUCGACCCCACAAAUUGUAUAAAACUGACGAAAAACAGCAUUGAGAAAUAUUCAAUCGGUGAUGGAGUUCGUGAAGUUGGAAUUUCAGCCCCAGAGCUUCUUCCAUGUGGUUACCUCGUUGGAGGGACGGAUACAAUUGUCAUUCAAUUGCAAGACGCUCAACAAAAUUGUGUCGAUUUACUUGCAUUUGAGCUGCUAAUCGACAAAACACUCGUCGAAAAAUAUGUAAACCUGAUUUUUGAAAGAAAAAGGGUGAUCAUUUGUGGCCCCGUUGGCUCUGGAAAGACCUUACUUGCUAACAGACUAGCAGGGCAUAUUGCUGAUAUUUCAGAUUCGUCCGAACCUGUAGUUUACAUGGACGCGAAACAAAAAGCCAUUUCAGAGUUGCAGGACUUUUUAGAUAAUAUGGCAAGUUCAAUGAAGCGUAACUCGGAAGGAACCACCGUAAUUGUUCUCGAUAAUUUACAAAGUAUAAAAUCACCAAAAAAAUUACUGGAGCCUUUUUGCCAAUCCGUGCCUCUGCAAGGAUUUUACCUAAUUUGCGUAACGAACCGUAAAAGUGCUUCCGAGCUGCAAGAAUUUUGCUGGAUAACCUGCAAUAAUAAUUCUCCACCUGUGCAAACUUUGUUAGCGAGAAAGCUACGUCGUUCUUAUUUGGAACAUCAAAUCACUCAGAACCAAAAACCGGAUGAUGUUCUUUCUUUGGUGAUAACUUGGCUUCCAAAAUGCUGGCAACAUAUAAAUGAUUUUCUAGAACUGCACAGCGGACCUGACGUCACUAUAGGACCAAGAAUGUUUUCAUCUUGUCCCAUGGACGCAUCGUCAGCUAGAGUUUGGUUCACUGAUUUAUGGAAUUUCAGUGUCGUUCCGUACGUUAUCACUGCUGUGAAGAGGUCCACUACGAGACGCAAUAGCGCCAUCCACUGGUCCGACCCCACGGAUUGGGUUUUGGAAACAAUGCCGUGGCGAGACAAUGCUCCCAACUUACUCCACAUCCGAGCAGAAGAUAUUGGUCCAUCUCCGACUGAAAGUGACUAUUCCGGAUCAAUAAUGAUGUCACAAUCAUCAGGUGUGACAUCACAAUCAUCAAACGCAUCACAAUCGUCUUCCGAUCCUCUGCUAAAUAUGCUAAUGAGGUUGCAAGAGGCCGCUAAUUACGAUAGCGACACAAACUCCAGUCACGAUGAAAACUUCGAACUCUCUAUCGAUAAAGCAUUGACGGAAUUGGGGUCGUAAGCCUUAAUAUUCCACUAUGGGGAGCUAUUCUUUAUUUAUGGGCAAAUCAUCCCCAAGUUAGCGUAUUUAGUAAUGCUCGGAUUUAAUCCUCUUGUUCCAUGACUCGUUUACCACAUGGUGGCGCAUCUAUUUUUUUUUUUGGUCCAAGACCCCCUUGCUGCAGGCAGCUAUUAUUGUAAAUUAAGCUAAUCAAUUCUCUCUAAUUAAUUUAGAUAGUGCACUGUAAUUUUUUAGCAAGUUUCAUGAAAUUUUAGCUGCAGUGUUGCCAGUUAUUUAAUUUUCACCAUAUCAUGUUUGAAAUUUUUUUAGUCGUUUUCAAUCGACUUAAUGCUUAGUGACCUUUUGGUGACUGCAUUUUGUACUCUUGAAUUAUUUACCAUUCACUAGUGCCAUGUUGUUCGUAUUUUAUGAAAUAACUUGCUUGACAUUACAACGACUUCUCACUUAUAUUUUUAAUGGAGUUUGGGUGACCCCCUUCCCCCUCCAUUUCAAAGGGUAAUAUAUCGACAAAUUUUGAUAUUAUAUGUCUCCUAAAAACCUUUUUACAUUUUUAUCCCCUUUCCAAACAGGAGUAGAUG